GGCCGGGUUGGAUGGGCUGCAAAGCGCCGGUACAGGUCCACGCCUCGGGGUGUCGGGAUGCCAGGAUGCCCGGGGCCCUCUGUGCUCCCCCUGAGUUCCCUUCCCCUGGCCUGAGCCUCCCAGCGCCGUGGGAACUACCUCCCGCUCUCCGUUGCUGGUCCGCAUCCUAGGAACGGCCUGUCACCCUCCCUACCUCGGCAUGUCCCCUCGACCAUGGGACGGGCAUGCGACUCGGGAGCCCAGUGGAGGCGCCCUCCCGAGGCAGUACUACUGCCCAUGCUGACUACCCAGCCCUCUGGCUGCCGAUGUCAUGAGUAACACCACAGUGCCCAAUGCCCCGCAGGCCAGCAGCGACUCCAUGGUGGGCUAUGUGUUGGGGCCCUUCUUCCUCAUCACCCUGGUCGGGGUGGUGGUGGCCGUGGUAAUGUAUGUCCAGAAGAAAAAGCGGGUGGACCGGCUUCGCCAUCACCUGCUCCCUGUGUACAGCUACGACCCUGCUGAGGAGCUGCACGAGGCUGAGCAGGAGCUGCUCUCUGACGUGGGAGACCCCAAGGUGAGCACUCUGGGGACAGGGAGAAUCAGCAGAGGUGGGUCUGCUCUAUUCAUACCCCUGAAGACAGAGCCUGGUUCUGCUCUCAGCCUUCCCCAUGUGGGCCGUGGCUAGUGGGGUGCCUCCUCCCAAGUUGUGCUGUGGACUGUGCCCUGUGGUGCGGGUCUC